GAAAAGGACGUUUUACCCCAGCACGAGCAUCGCUGGAUGCAAAACAUGCAAUGUGAAGAAAUGUCUACGAAUGGUAUCUAAAUUACAAAUUAAUUGUACAUUCGGUAGAUUAGGUCGCGUGGGAUCAAUAUUACCUCAUUAUCGAUUAAUCCAGACUGUUAUAAUUAGGCCAAUUUAACAAAAUAUCCGGCGGAGUUAAAGUAUUAAGCUUUUCUCUUAAAAUUCCCGGAGGGUAAAUAAUCCUCUUAGUAUUUCUAGUGACGCGCUGACGACAUGUUUGCUAUUUCAUACUAGCAGGGGAUAUACAGUAGCCGGGUCAGAAAGGGGCGGAACUUUCCAAAAUGUGUUAUGUGAAGUCAGAAACAUGGCAUUGACAUUUAGAGAUUGGUCGCACGAAGCAAUCGUUUCACGAAUAAGAUGAGGCUGGAUUGAUCAGGAACUGAGAUCGCUACGGCCCCUGAAAGGGGGAUACUAAGAUGGUUGAUGCUGUCCAACCACUAUGGCUGCAGCUCUGUGUGUCUCUUCUGGUGCUGUCCAGAAUAAGAGGUCAGGUCUCCGCUCCCCCACACCUGCAGGCCCUGGUAGGCCUCCCCUUCACAAUAGGCUGCAACUUAACCCUGGGACCGCAGGAAUCUCUGACGCAGGUACGAUGGGAGGACGAGAAGAAACAGCCCCUCCUGACGUACGAGCCUGGCCAGGCCGCCAGCUUCAUCAGCCACCGUGUUGACCAGACCCCCUCCCAGCAAUACUACAGUGCCAUCACCCUCAAGCGGGUGGAGCCUGGCGACAAGGGAAUCUAUUUGUGCAAGUUUGACGUGUACCCGACCGGGCUGCGGACAGGGACGGUGCAGCUGUCCCUCACCGCGAGAGUUACUAUGGAGGGGAAUAAGACAGCAGUAAGCGGGAAGCUAGCGAUGCUGUCCUGCAGCUACGGCCUGCCAGAGAGCGUCCAGCAGGUCCUGUGGAAGAAGACGGCGGAGCAGGGCGACACCAGCAACGUGGCCUCCUUCGCAAAGCGAGCCGGUGCCACGGUGACCGAGCCUUUCCGGGAACGGGUGUCCGUGAGUCACACUUUGGGGGAAUCCCAUCUGUCCAUCAAGCCCGUGAGAACUGAGGAUGAGGGGUGCUACACAUGCGAGUUCAACACCUACCCAGAUGGCAGCAGGAGUGCCACGGCUUGUCUCACCGUCUAUGUUCUGCCCAAACCCGAGGUGACCUACAGGACCGUGUCUGAAGACGUGAUAGAGGCCAACUGCACGGCGCUGGCCCGCCCGGCGGCCGAAAUCGUCUGGAAUGUGGCCGGGGACAACAAGACGCUGGGCCCGGCCGUGUCCUCGUCGCUCCAGCAGGGAGACGGGACCACGCUGGUCGUCAGCACGAUUUUAAUCCAGGCCGACCUGCUCGACGACCAGUCUGUCAAGUGCUUGGUCUUCCACCAGGGCCUGGAUUCCCCUAUGUCUGUGUCCAUGAACAUCAAGAUCGGCAAAGCCCUUGCUAUCCUCAUCUCAGUGACCACUGUGGCUACGAUCCUGAUCAUCUGCAUGUGCAUCUGCCUAUGGAAGUGCUUCAUCCGCAGAGAUGAUUGAGCUGUUCAAAGGACCGAAGAGGCUCCUGGGAACAAUAGUUUUCAGCCACACAGCUGAUAUCAAGGAUUGGAUUCGAAAUGAACCAAAACACUAGAGACGCAUUCGUUGGUCGAAACUAAAAAGAAAUUAUCUAUUUUUAACCAUUUAUUGUUGGAAAAAAAUUAUGGAGUUCUCAACUCGAAACAUGACCAUUUAUUUGUAUUAUUCAAGGCUUGCAGCACUUGACUAACCCUUGGUGGUGUCCUGUGUUUAAAAAAAGGAUGUUGUAAUUGCAUCAUACUAUUCACAGAGAUGGAAAUGAAGCCUGCUGGAAUCAAUGGGAGAUAUUAACACAUGGUUCAUUUUGUGACGGGGACGGUAUGUGACUGCUCAUUGCCCUGAGAUGAAACACAGCUGUGGUCCUUAAAGCACAUCCUCCCAUUAGAAAGCUAGAAGCCAUGUAUGGCCUCCAUCAUAUUUUUUCAAAUCUGAAGUGCUAUUUACUGCAGGGCCUGGGAAAGGCUUUGAUGCAAUGGCCUUUCUGUCAGUGCCCUGGUGAAAAGGGGGGGGGGGGGGAGU